AUGCCAUCGUUCCGCCGCAUCCAAGUGCACACGUGGUCCACGAACUUCCGCAAGGCCACGAAGAUUGUGGUCGACCAGGAGCUGCCUAAGCCCACGGCUGGCAACGUGGUGGUUAAGAACCACUUCUUGGGAAUCAACGCCACGGACAUCAACAUUACGAACGGAGGCUACGGUCGCACGUCGCUCCCCAUUAACUGCGGACUCGAAGGAGUGGGCGUCGUGGAAUCGGUUGCUGAGGGUGUGACUGACAUCAGCGUCGGCGAGACCGUCGCCUACCAACAUCUGGGAGCCUUUGCUGAGUACACGGAAGUCCCGACGGCCAAGAUCGUCAAAACGCCGGAGUUAUCUCCGUCUGUGAUCCCGCUCACGGUCUGCGGUGUGUCCGCGUCGCUCGCUCUCGAGAGGGCAGGUGAAAUGAAGUCCAAUGAAACAGUCUUCGUGUCUGCCGCUGCGGGCGCUACUGGACAGUUCGUUGUGCAGCUGGCUAAGCUGGCUGGUAACCACGUUAUUGGUGCGUGCAGCUCGGACGAGAAGGUGGAGUAUCUGAAGUCUCUAGGUGUUGACCGCCCCAUCAACUACAAGAAGGAGGAUCUGAAUGAAGUACUCAAGAAAGAGUACCCGGAAGGUAUCAACCUUGCGUUCGAGAGUGUGGGUGGAGAGUUGUUUAAGGCAGUACUGGACAACAUCGCGAUCUUUGGGCGCAUUAUUGUGUUCGGAAAUGUGUCGCACUACCACGGCGACGCUGGCAUGGACCCGCAGUACGGAUACCAGCAGAACCGUAAGAUGCAACUCCGUUCCGCUUCACUGCAUGGUUUCUUGCUCUUCCACCAUGCUCAGCACGUCCCGGAGCACCUGCAGCAUCUGCUGACUUUGAUAAAGGAAGGUAAACUGAAAGCUGGUAUUGAUCCCACCAAUUUCCGCGGAUUAGAGAGCAUUCCGGAUGCAAUCGACCGCUUGUAUGCGCAGAAGAACAUCGGCAAGCUUGUUAUCAGGUUGUGA